AUGGCCGCGGGCAGCAUCACCACGCUGCCGGCCCUGUCCGGGGACGGAGGCGGCGGGGGCGCCUUUCCCCCGGGCCACUUCAAGGACCCCAAGCGGCUAUACUGCAAGAACGGAGGCUUCUUCCUGCGCAUCCACCCCGACGGCCGAGUGGACGGCAUCCGCGAGAAGAGCGACCCGAACAUUAAACUACAACUUCAGGCAGAAGAGAGAGGAGUAGUGUCCAUUAAAGGAGUAUGUGCCAACCGCUAUCUUGCCAUGAAGGAGGAUGGCAGAUUAUUGGCUUUGAAAUAUGUGACCGAAGAAUGUUUCUUUUUUGAACGUUUGGAGUCCAACAACUACAACACUUAUCGCUCAAGGAAAUACUCCAAUUGGUACGUGGCGCUGAAACGAACGGGGCAGUAUAAGCUUGGAUCCAAGACUGGCCCGGGGCAGAAGGCCAUCCUUUUCUCCCCAUGUCUGCUAAGAGCUGACUGGCACGGGGCCCUCAGUUUCUUCUUCCAUACCAAAUGGAGGAAAAAGAUGGAAGAGAAAGGAUAGAAACGUGGGCAUGUUG